AUGAAGCCGAGCAGCGCGCGGGAAAGGAGGGACGGUGGCUGUGCGUUAUCAAACUUCAUCGCCACCAUUGUGAUGGGCCCGGAAGUGACAAUUAUGUGUGAAGGACGUGACGUCACGACGACGCCGGUUACCCGAAGCGUUGCCAGGCAACAGCGUUCGUUGUUAGCAACGGCCAAGAUGGCGGCAGGAGCGGCCUGGGCCCCCCCGCGGGGGCCUGCCGCCAUUUUGGGCCGCUUUGACCCCAAUCCCUCUGGCAUUCUGGCAAAAAUUCGGCCGGAAUUUGGCCCUGGUGAUGAAAUCCAGGUCUCCGUGCCCUCGGAAUGCCCCAUUUUCCCCCCGUUUUUCCCGGUGUUCCUCCCGUUUCCAGGCAGCUCGGCGCUCCCGGCGCGCCUGCGCUCCUUCCCGGCCGUGUACCUGAGCCUGGCGCUCUGCUCGCUGCUGCUGCUGGGCCUCAGCGCCCUGGCGCUCGCCCGAGUUUCCUCCAUUUCCUCCAAACUCCACCAGGAGAAUCCAGAGUGGAAUUUUUCCAGUUGGGAUUCCUUCCUGUUCCCGUGCGGGGCGGAUUCCCGGGAAUGGGAAUAUUUCUCUGGGAAUUGUUAUUAUUUCUCGCUGGCGCGGCUGAGCUGGGAGCGGGCGCGGGAGCAGUGCCGGGAGCGCCGCGCCGACCUCGCCGUGGUCGGCAGCUUCGCCGAGCAGCAGUUCCUGAUGUCCCGCGCGCGGAACGAGCGCUUCUGGAUCGGCCUCACUGACCGGAAUUCCGAGGGAAACUGGGAAUGGGUCGACGGCACCGACUACAGAUCCUCCUUCACGUUUUGGCGGGAGGGGGAGCCCAACAACAGCGGGAAUAACGAGGAUUGCGCUCACCUCUGGAUCUCCGGGCAGUGGAACGACGUCCACUGCACCUUCGAGUGCUUCUUCGUCUGCGAGCGCCCCCUUGCCCAAAAAUCCCCUUUUCCCCACUAAAAUCCGGGUCCCCAUGUUCCCGAUGUUCCCACCCCACCCCGCGGGGCUGCUGUGUGAAAUUCCCAAAAAAAACCGGGAAUUUUUUAGGAGAAUAAAAGGAGAUUCCUGCUCUGUUUUGGGCGA